AUGCCACCAAGUUUUGCCCAGCCUAAUUGGACGGAGCCCUAUCGCGGAAUUCUGAUCACACUCGUCGAGCAGAAGGGUAUUGACUGCGCCCCCACCGAGCCCUCCCAGCAGGCCAACCAGCUCCAGAAGAACAUGCUCCACUUCCGCAGCAUCGUCGAGAUGUUUGUCUCCAUGAUGCCCGGGCUGAACGACGUGGCCGUGCUGGAGAAGUGGGCGUGGAUGUGCGAGAUGCACUACCGUAGCCAGAUUGUCGCCAAGGCCACCGGACUGAUGCGGUGGCGCUUUGCGAACGCGAUGAGCAAGAUACCCUACCAGAAUAAUUCGUUUCUACACAUCAUGUCGGAAGACCGUUUUGACGAGCUGUGCGUCAAGUUCACGACGACUGCCCAGGACGAUAUUAUGAGGAAUGAGUAUCGAGGGAUUUUGGCAGAAAUCGGCAAAUCGAACGAAGCCAAUUUCCUCGCCGCUCACCCCCAGGUGCCGCAGUUGCCGGGAGGCUCUCAAGCCAAAGCCAAGAUACUCGACGACGCUUCCGCGUCUGACAACGGCAAGAAGACUGCGCGCACGUCAUUUGUACAGUUCCAGGCCAAGCCCGGCCAAUACGAGCCCACAGUGCGAGAAGCGCUGAAUGCAAAGAUGCUGAGCGCAAAGAAUCUUCCCGACCCGGAAGCGCUUGAUUUCGAGGGUUUGUGCAUGGGAUCGAAGGCUCGGGAGAAUGGAGGCCUCUGGAAGCGAGAGAUGGUCGGCACGCUGGUGGAGGAGAUGAAGAACAACCCGCCAAUCUGGGAAGACCCCAGCCAGCACAGCCUCCGACCGCUGUGUGACAAACUCAAGUCUGAGCACCGGGCGACUUGGAUCACUGAAGACGACUGCCGCCGCCAAAUCGACGAGAUGCGCAUGGUGGUCGAUAAGCUUUCGCGAAAACGGCAGCUCCAAAUCGCGCCCGAAGUGCUAAACUUUUACAUGGCGCUGCAGCAGGUGCCGAGAACGUCCUUGCCUAAACCCCCGGUCACCACCAUCGUCAACACCACCACGCCGACACCGCCCACGCCUAUCGCCGCUGCGCCGACUACUGUACACGCCGAACCGAGCACCUCCACCGCCCUGUUCGAGCUGGCCGGCGCGUUCGCCGCGGCUACAAAGGCGCCAGACUCCGCGCUGACCAAUGGACUUGGCGAUUCGGCCGCGAAAAGGGUGAAAUACCCGGUGACGGCUUCCGUACCUGCCCCUGACGCUACCGUCGCCCAUUGGCUCUCCAUCGUCAGCCAACAGCUCGAAGCGGCCGCCCAGCGAAACAAUGGUCAUCUACCGACACCGACAGUCCCUCAAAUGCCGAUAUCUAUCAAUGGCCAUGAGAAUGUUUGGGUGCCCCCACGCGAAGACGAGCUAAACAAACCGAAACCGACCGUCUCCACCGUGUCGGCCACCGCCACCGCCGCCGUCAUGGUGAAGCCGCUCGAGGCGCCCGCUCUCCACAACAUCGGAAUCCAGAAUAUCGUCACCGAGCUGAGGAAUCGGAGAACAUCCCCGCCGGCCGCGGCGACGGCUACCAGUUCGGGGGCUGCGACAAAUGGGAGGAGUGCUGCCAAAUUCCCCGCCCACCAACAGCCCAGCUCGCCGGCACUCACCUCCACCGUGCGCCCGGAGAUGUGCUCGCAGUUCGAGACGGACAAGUGGAGCCUGCUAGGCCAACUGAUGGCGCAUCACGCGCGCGAGCUCGAGCGCGCCAAGGGCACCGGCAUCGCGCUCAAGUUCCAGAAGGACGUCACCGAGCUGAUCGCCAAGUACCACGAGAACCCG